ACGGUCGCCAUACUAGCAACUAGCGGAGACUCCAUACACGGGAAGCUAUGUCACUAGGAUCAGUAUGUGGUACACUGUACCGAACACACUGACAUUAUGUGGCGAUCAGAUUUCCCUAUGGGGCCACUUCCCAAAACCUCAGUCCCAUGUGGACAUUACAGCUGCAGAUUGCGGCGCCGGGUGAUGACGUCACGGAGCGGAAGUCAGGUUUGAAGCUGUGGCGGGCGAGGAGGACAGUCUGCUGCAGCUGCGUUACCCAUGGACAUGUCACCAGGCAGCGGUAGGAGCGGCAUCCUCUCAGGAGUCGUAGCCUUUGUAGACGUGUGGUCAUCUAAUGGAACCGAAAAUUACUCCAAAAUGUUCUCACAGCAGCUCCUUAACCUGGGAGCCAAGGUUUCAAAAACAUUUAAUAAGCAAGUAACUCACGUCGUUUUUAAAGAUGGCAGUCAAAGUACAUGGGACAAGGCGGUCAAAAGUAAAGUUAAACUGGUGUCUGUCCUUUGGGUGGAUAAGUGUCGAGAGACAGCUGUACAUGUAGAAGAAUCUGUAUACCAUGCAAUAAACACAAAUGGCUUACCUCAACUUGCUAAGAAAAAAAGAAAAUGUAUGCAGCCGAAGGAUUUUGUUGAGAAAACACCAGAAAACGACAGGCGACUUGCACGAAAGUUUGAUAAAAUGUGUAAAGACCUUGAUGAUCGAAAAGUAUCUAUUGAUAUCCCUCUUUUAUCAUUUGAAGAUGAUGGGACAUUACUGUAUAGCCCAAAAGCAAUUGUUGCAGAUCGAUGCAAUGCCAUGGAAAGGAGGAUUCAGGAGAUGAAGAAUAAACGGGAAAAUUUAUCUCCUACAGCUUCUCAAAUGUCACAGACAUUUGACUUUUCAUCGCUCAAACCAACACUUGGAAAUAGUCCUUCCAUCAUGACAGAUUCGCCACAUGAGAAUGACACUAGCUCACUUAACACUAGUUAUGAUGAACUUUUUGAAAGUGUCUUGAAGGGAGACAGUUUUCUUAGCACUCCAAGCAAUAAUAUCAUCCAAGUAGUUAAGGAAGACCCACAUGAUUCAGUUGCUUCAAAAUCAGCUUUGUCGCAUCUAAAAACUGAGGAAAGUAAAUCUAGUCCUAAAAAAGAAAAGAGGCGAUCACAAACUCAAGUCAAGAGUCGGAAAUCAAAUCGCUUCAAACUUGCUGCUGAUAACAUUGUAAAUGAUAGUGCAUCACUCCUUCCUGUGAAUGAAACCCUGGAUGGGAAUUUUACACCAUUAGCAAAUACAGCGGUUUCUAAACUCAGUAUUGAUGCUGUCAAUGGAGAAACUACAAACUUGGGAGUACAGAUUUCAUAUAAGGACCAAAAGAAUAAAAAAGUAAAAGCUUCAGAUAGCACAACUGACAAUGACAGUGGGAGUGAUGCAUUUUCGGAGACUUCUGAAAAGGACAGAAUCUCAGGCCAGGACUAUUCAGCUAUGGCAAAUAGACUUAUUGCAUUGUGUAAAGAAAAUGAACAGUCCAAGAAAACAGGUCGCCGUAGCUUUAAAUCUGAAGUUCCACUUCCAAAUCUGAAGUUUGCCAAAAAUAAAGCUGUGAAGGAAGAAGCAAGGUCAUCUGUAUCACCAUGCAAUACUGACUCUGACGCUUUUUCUAACUUUGAAGACUAUUUUACUUCCUCAGAUUUAAACAGCAAACAUAGUAAACUGAAUAGGUUUUCACUGACUAUGGCGCCAAGAAGGUCACCCAGUCCCCCGCCACUUAAUUCAACAGACAAACACUCCCGCAAAAGAAGAUCUAUGGGUAUCUCACUGCAGGAAACAUGCAGAGUGAAAAAGAGAAAAACUAUACAUUCACUAACUCCUUCUGUUUCAAGCCCAUUAGAAAGUAUAGGCUCUAAACAAAAUCAUAUAAAUCCCAAAAACUGUGUGGCAUCACCUAGAAAGUCUCCAGGUGUUAGUAAGGCAGAAACAAGUAUCUGUUCAAAGGAAUCUGAAGUAGCUGUGAGUGGCAAUAAGAUACAGAUGAUCUCCAUGAAGGAUGCAGUAUCUCCCGUCUUAUGUGAAAAAACGCAAGAUGUACCUGGUGAUCAAGUGACAUUGCAUCUGCCAAAUGGCAUAGGUCAUGGAAAACAGAUGAAACUAUUUCAGCCAAGCGUUGAAAGUAAAACUUCAGCUUCUGAUGCAAUAGGCGGACUGUCUGAAAUGUUUAAUGAACAAAGAAAUAAAUGCACCAAGGAAUCAAGAAAAACAGAGAGAAGCAGAAAGGUUACAAGAUCACUGGUUAUGACCAGCAUGUCCGCCGAAAAACAGAGCACUAUAAUCCAAGUUGUGAAAAAGUUUGGAGGCUUUAUGUUUUCAGAUGAAGUCUGUGAAACUACCACUCAUGUGAUUGCUGGAAGUGCUCGGCGUACUUUAAAUAUUAUCCUAGGAAUUUCUAGAGGCUGUUGGAUCUUAUCCUAUGAUUGGGUGCUGUGGUCUUUAGAAUGUGGUCACUGGAUUCCAGAAGAACCCUAUGAACUUUCGGAUCAUUUUCCUGGAGCUCCUAUCUGUAGGCUGCAGCGUCAUUUGUCAGCAGGAGAGUACAGCCAGGAUUUACUCUCCAGUUUGCCAGCCAUCUUCAUAUCUCCAGAUAGCCAGCCUCCUUGUGAUAAGCUCUCUGAUGUGGUGCAGCUAUGUGGUGGGAAGGUGUGCAAGACGCUACGCCCAGCUAAGGUUUGCAUUGGGCAGUUUACUGGGAAGAAACCACCAAAUUUGGAGUGUGUCUCAGAGAAAUGGCUGCUAGAUUCCAUAACCCAGCAAAAACUACUCCCUAUUCAGAACUACCUCUUGGAACAAUAAUAAUGCCGCUGCACAAUGUCUGAGGCCCCUCCGGGGAUGAAGAACAGAGCACAACUGUGAAUAAAUGAAUUACUGCUUGGAUAAUUACUAGACGUUCUCUGAAAUGUUUUUAUGCCUAUGGUCUUUUAUUGUCUAACAUGUUGCAGAAUUGGAACAACUUCACAACUGGAUGUGAAUUGUUAGAAUAUUUUCUACUAAUAAAAUACAUACACAGGGGAGAAAGUUCCCAUAUUUUAUAUGAUAAAUCGUUGUUCUGUUAAUCUUUCCAUUGGGAAUGAAGCUAUUUAUCUAAUAAUAAUGUACAGUCAUUGCUUUCAAGAACAGAUCUGAGCGCUGAAUUUUCUGUCUUUAGAAAAUUGCAGAAGUUACAUAAUAUUAAGACAUAGUAACAUUAACAUAUGAAGGGAUUUGAGCUCCAGAGAAUAAUAACAAUGAAUACACAUUACACAAAGAUAUUACUAAAUGGCCAUUAUAAGUGAAGAAAAUCUCUCUGCAUAAACUCAAAAUACUAUCCAUAUAGGGAGCAAUGCUACAGCACUGUGGCGAGGGGCACUGCCAGCACCUAUGAUUAUUGUAAUCAUAGUUCUAAUUCCUAUUCUUGAACCACAACCAAUUAUUUAACCCCUUAAUGACCAGGCCAUAGGGACCUGGCUUGUGUUUUGCAGGACUAUCUGGACUUUGUAAUAACACCUUUUAUUUUGGCAAAAAAAUGUACAGGGGGAAUUAUGGGGGGGAAAAAAAGUUUACAUUCACUUUAAAAAAAUGCAAUCUUUAUUCUGUCGGUCGAUACGACAAUUCUACCCAUGUUUACAUAGCUUUUGUAAUAUUUUACUACUUCUAAGAAAGUCAGUCUCUUUUUUCAAAUAAUAAAUAUGCUUAAAAUUGCCCUUUUCUGACCCAUAUAACUUUUCUUUUAUUUUUUACCUACAGGACUGUAUUAGGGCUAAUUUUUUUGUGCAGUAGUUAUUUUUUUUUUUCAUUCACAACGUUGAUUUAUUGUGGAAAGGGAUUUAUAAUAUUUUAUGAAAAAUGUUUUUUCAGUGGAGGCCUCUGGUUGCGAAAGAAACUGAUCAGCUCCCCACAAAUAUUUUGCGGAGGUGCCAAUCGAUCACCUAGCAGGUGUGUCACCUGUCAUUCUAGCAUGAUCGCUGUUGAUUGCACCACUUAAGGGGUUAAAUGAUCAACAUCAGCCUGAUGAUCCCAGCUCAAUGUGCCCACUUUAUAUAGACUCACUGCAGUGCAUAACAUACAUGUAUAGCAUGGUGUGUCGAAUAUCAGACAGCCAAACACACAUAUAAGUCUGAUGUUGCCAAGAGGUUAAAGGGGUAUUCCAUGGAAAAACUUUUUUUUUCUAAAUCAACAGGCUCCAGAAAGUUAAA